AUGACUUUCCUCCAAGCCAUUAACCAGCUGUUGAAGGUGUUCUUGGUGCUGUUUGGAUAUGGUUCCUUCGGCCAUGGUGCUUUUUGGUUUGGAUUGGCGGCGGGCGAGCUUGAAAGCGCGAAGGAGGAUACCAAUUCCAACGCGGAAGCCGUAGGAGAGGAGGAAGCUUUGGCAGAGGUUUCUGAUGGUGUUUGCCACGCACGAAGGCUCUUCGGCGGCGUGGUUGCAGGGUGGGCAAUGCUGAUGGUGCUGGUGAUGGUGAGGGCCCCACGCGGGCAUGGGCCCUGCUCUAGCGUCGUUGGAGCUCCUCGAUGGCUUUUCUGUUUUGUUGCUGUUGUUGAUCUUGUCAAUGCUCAAAAUUACACUAAAAUGAUUCUGAAGAGACAGGGAAGGUAUCAAAGUUAUGCAUAUAGCGUUCUUAAUCAGUUUCAGUCGCAACAGUUGAAAGCAGACAAAGAAGCGGAUAUCAUGAAAGUAGUUUCUGUGGGGUCUAAAGUUGUCAACAAGAUGAGCAAUGAUUCUAGGCUCAGCAAAUACAGUUGUGAAAAUGAAGAUCUGAGUAAUAGAAAGUGUAGGUUGGAGCUUGCUUGGCUCACAAAAGCUUUUGAACCGGCCCUUCAGUUGUGUAGGUGGGCUCUGCCAACAGGAGAUGGAGUUACAAACAAAGCCCCUCCUGAUAGUCGUUCGCUUGCAGAAAUCAUUGCAAGCAUUCAAUGGAGUAAGAUUGGAAUCCAGGAUUGGAGCUUGAGUGAUCUUACAAUCGGCUUAUAUCUUAUAUAUCUUCGUCAAGCAUCCAUAAAUCCAUUCGAAGAUGUUAAGGGCAUUCAGAUCUCAUCCGCUUCAAUAGUGCAAGAUCUCAUCUACCAUCUGGAGUUAGCAAGAGGUUGUUAUAAGUAUAAUGCUUCAGGUCUUGCAAGGAACAGCAUGAUUAGGGAAAGCAAUGUUUUGAAGUUCGUAAACAAUUCCAGUCUGAUGAGGCCUGGAUAUUACAUUGCAAUCGAUGACCGUAGGAAACUUGUGAUUCUUGGAAUCCGUGGUACUCAAACUAUCUAUGAUCUUAUCACUGAUAUUGCUUCUUCGAGUGACGGAGAAGUGACAUUUGAAGCAGAUUCCACCCACUUUGGCACAGCUGAAGCUGCUCGUUGGUUUCUUACUCAUGAGAUAGGAACCAUUAGGACCUGCUUGGAGAAAUAUGAGGGAUAUAGGUUAAGACUUGUGGGUCAUUCUCUUGGAGGUGCUACUGCUUCUUUAUUAGCAAUAAUGCUCCGCAGAAAGUCAGCUAAGGAACUCGGAUUCAGCCCGGACAUUGUUUCUGCUGUUGGAUAUGCCACUCCCCCUUGUGUCUCCAGAGAACUUGCUGAAAGCUGCUCUGAUUAUGUUACCACUGUUGUUAUGCAGGAUGAUAUUGUAUCUAGGUUAAGUGCAGCUUCUCUAACAAGGCUAAGGAAUGAAAUCCUUCAAACUGAUUGGAUGAGUGUGGUUGAAAAGGAAGAUUGGGAAAAUGUAAUAAAUUUAGUUACCAAUGCAAAGCAGGUUGUGUCUUCAGUGCAAGAUGUAGCUUGGAAACUGGCUGAUUAUGCAAUCCUUGGGAACAAUAGAACUUCUUCUGAUGGUUCCUUCAUAAAGGAGUCCACUGCUGCUCCUGCAUCCACUUUAACCCCCAACACAAUGGAGAAUGAUGAUGCAAUCGAAAUGAAAGGAGCUACCUCUACAGUGUCUGAAGAGUUAUUUGUCCCAGGGACCGUUUUCUAUCUAAAGAGGAAUGCUGACACUCAGGCUGGCAUCAGCAGGCCAUUUUUCACACUUUGGAAGAGGCAUCCAGACGAACAUUUUCAGAGGAUAGUGCUCUCGAGCAACUUAAUUUCAGACCACAUGUGUGAUAGCCAUUGCCAUGCUUUAAGAGAUGUACUAAAAGGUUUGCCUGAUCCUAACAAUGAAACUAUCUUCGGAUGA